GUAACACUUACGCCUCAUUGGAUGAAAAACAAGUAAAAUACUUUGUAGUGUUUGCCAGGUGUUGUUUUGGAUGGUUAUUGUGCUCUUUCACAAGAAUGGGAUGUUGGGGGGGAAAAGUAGCUCCCCACUUGUGUGUCAAUGACACUGCUAUGACCAAAAUUUGCAUUCUAUUUACGAGGCUAUAUUUCUUAUAAAUUAUUGUCAUUUUUUUCCACAUUCUUUGUUGUUUGCAAUUAGCCAGUGUUAGCAUCGCUGUUACCUACUGUACAUAAGGGGCUAACUCCGAGUUAGCUCCAGGUUGUUAUCAGGCGAGAAAAACAAGCAAAGAAAAACAAACAUGUCGUCGUCUCGCUCUUUCUAACCACAGCUGCUCGACCGCACAUUUUCUAGGGACCAAGGGUUGACUUUGCGGAUGUUUGGAGGCUAUUUUAUGUCGGGGAAACACUUGCAUUUUGUCACGGGUUCCGUGAACGCCUGCUAGCUGACAGACAACAAAUGAGGGCUAUGCUAACUAAUAUUUUGGGUUCGUGUGAGCCCAUCGAUAUGUUAUAUGACGAUAUAACUGUCUUCUUCUUUUCCUCCACUGAUUUAUUUUUGAAUGGUUAACAGAUUUAUGUAAAGAUGUCACCGCAGGUUCUUAAAUUGUGACUUUUUAUCCUUCAGCAAUUUGUAACGUCCCACAAUGGUUAUAUUUGUUUACAGUCUUUCUGGGGGGAAAAUUGUUAAAAGAGAUUUUUACAUGGACGUAUAUUUCCAUUUUUUUCCGCGUUGGGGUGAGAUUAAGUUUUUUUUUUUCUUUUUUUUCUCGGGCAACGGAGCUCAAUUGUUUUGUUUUUGUCCUGCAGCGAGACGCCGCUCUCUGAUUGGUCAGGCUGUUACCAUCCGGAACAUGGCAGAGGACGUCAGCAUCGAGAGCAAGCACGAGGUCACCAUCCUGAGUGGACUCAAUGAGUUUGUGGUCAAGUUCCACGGACCCGCCGGAUCACCUUACGAAGGAGGCGUGUGGAAGGUCAGAGUGGAUCUACCAGACAAAUACCCCUUCAAAUCUCCAUCAAUAGGUUUCAUGAACAAAAUAUUUCAUCCCAACAUUGAUGAAGCGUCAGGAACAGUAUGUUUGGACGUCAUUAACCAGACGUGGACGGCACUCUACGACCUCACCAACAUCUUUGAGUCCUUCCUGCCCCAGCUGCUCGCCUACCCCAACCCCAUCGAUCCUCUGAACGGGGACGCCGCCGCCAUGUACCUUCACCGACCGGAGGAUUACAAACACAAGAUCAAAGAGUACAUCCAGAAGUACGCCACAGAGGAGGCGCUAAAGGAGCAGGAGGAGGGCGGCGGCGAAUCCUCCUCUGAGAGCUCCAUGUCGGACUUUUCUGAGGACGAGGCUCAGGACAUGGAGUUGUAGUUCUUACUUAAACCAGACUUAUUUUUUUACAGCAAGAUUUUUAUGGUUACUUGGACCCGUGUCACACCUGGCUCCAGGUUUUAUCGUUGAGAGUCCAGACUGAGAAGGCUGGAAGAAACCAUGCGGAUUCCCCUUUUUUUCCCUAAUCUUCCAUUUGGAACUGGAGGACCUGCAGACGCAGUGAAAAAGUUGCAGUCUGAGUGUUUGAAUGUAAUCCUGACAAUUAGCGGGAAUCAAAGGAGACGCUCUCCGUUCUCCCGACAUCCCGUUCCUCCUCUCCGUUUUAGGAAAGUCAUUGUCAUUCUCUUGAGUGUCUUUUGUGUAUUGGUGUGGCAUGACGCAGAGUUCAAGUUGUCUAAGCUUUGUGGGGGGUGGGAGGACACCUGGUUCUGGCCGGACAUUGGACUCGGCUCUCAUGAGAAUUUAGUUGGAUUUUAUAUAUUUUUUUAUUUUCUAAAGCGCUGAAAAUGUUUUGGUGUUUUUUUUAAACACAUUUUUAUGCGGUUAGCUAGCUAACUUGUUCGUUAGUCGGCUAGCAAGCUAGACGGUUGGCAAGCUCGCUGGUUAGCUUGAUCACAAGUUGAUAGUUACUGACAGUCAAAGCUCACUAGUAUGUAGUUAUCAAGCAAGCUUGCAACUUGGUUAGCAAGCUAGCUGGUUAUUUUUGUGGCCGAAGUUGUUAGUCAGUAAGAUAGCUAGCUUAUUAGCGAGCUAGUUGUUUGGUUAGGUUGCAAGUUGAUACUGUAUUUUGUUUAUCAGCAAGCUAGUGAGCAAUUCAUUCUCAAGCUGGGUAGCUAGCUACUUUGUUAGCAAGCUAGUUGGUUAGCAAACUAGCUAACUGGAUAACGAGCCCGUUAGGUAGCAUGUUCAUCCUUUGUCAGCAAGAUAGCAGAUUAGUUUGCCAACAAGCUAGCUGGUUAGUUAGUAGUUAGCUCCCUAGUUUGUUAGUCAGUCAGCUAGCAAGGUAGAUUAUCAAGAUCGUUGGUUAGUUAGGUAUCUAGUUGUUAACAAGCUAGCACAUGGACAGCUAAUCAGGUAGAAAUCUAGCUUGCUAUAUGGUUGGCAAGGCAGCUUGCUAGUUGGUUAGCAAGCUAGUUAGUGUUAGCAGGAUUACGCCAGUUACCUAACCUAUUUCCAUUAAAAAAAAUUCCAUCUUCCAUAAGCCAGUUUAUGGUUUUAAUUUAAAUUGUGUUAACAAAAUACAGCUAUACCUAUUUGUUAAAUAAAUAAAUAUGCUGCAAACCUUUUGAAAUGAUGGCAAAAUAUUAGAUUUCUGUAGCAAUUCUAGCAUAUUCAGCGUAGCAUGUCGGCCACGUUGAGGUACGACUGGCCUUUUAUUGAGCAGCGUUUCCUUUGUGAUGAAGUGAAAUCAGAGCAUUGAAUGAGGCAGUUCAAUUCUCAUGAGAACCGGUCGGCCAAGGCAUUGUGGGUGGGUCCUUGUUUCGUUGUUGCCUAGUGCUUGUACCUAACUGUACUAGUUGUUUGACUUGCGUAGGGAUAGCUUUUGUUUCUUUUCUUGCAGGUGGUGAAUCCUAACGUCGGUUUUAUAUAACACACUUGUACAUGUUUGGGUUCCUGUGAAGACGACGAGAAGUAGGACUUGACUCUUGUUUCAAUCACAUCUUAUAUGCAAAUUGUAAAAUGUUACGUUGUCCAACUGAAGUGCUCUUUUAUUUCCCCCACCAGGCAGUCAACAUUCCAACAAUCCUUCUUUUGGUCACUUACUUUUUCUAAAGGCUUGUUGCAGCAGGACCACAAGUCAUGUAGAAUCGCACUCAGAAAAGUUAGUUUAUACUAAAGUUAAAUGCAGUGCAUUACAUUCACUGUUCUGUGUUUGAGAAAGGGAAACACACAAGCAUUCUCAAUCAAAGUUUACAAUGAAUUCUUUUGAGACUAAAGCUGCGCUUGGUGCUAGUGUGUGGCGUACUUCAAAUGACCAACAUGGCAACAACGAUAAUACCGCCACCUAUCAUCUCCACAAUUACUGAGUCUGCAGAUUGACCAAACCCGGUGUUGACCACACAAAUGAGUUUUUGUGAUGGUAAAUAUUGAACAGGUUUAACAAUUAUGACUGUGAGCACCAACCUUUUUCGGAGCAGAGGCGUAGGAAAAUGACGUUUUAACACACCACACCCCACAAACUAAUCUCUCAGGAUAAUCUUUUCGCCACGUCCGAUAAUUGGGACUUUGCUGACUUUGAUCAGAAGAAGCGAAAAAUUUGGCCGGAUUAUCCGUAUGUGUGUACCUGGCAUUAGUAGUUGUGAUUAAUUGCUCUCAAUAAGACCUGACUCAUCAGUGUAUUUUUUUUUUUGUAAACGACACAGAAUAUUUUAUACCUACUGUUUUAAUUUCCUCUGUCUUUUAAGCUCCUUUGUUCAGGAUACAAGCUAUUCAAUUUUUUGUUCUUUUAAAAAAAGGAAAGAGUUAAAUGUGCUUACGUUGUAACUUCAAAGAAAUAAACAAAAAAAUAUAAUCAUA